AUGACUGCCGAAUGUGCAUGGAAGAAGAAAGGGAGUACGCAGGAACAUGAUUUUUUGCUAUGCACACUGUUGGAGUGGCACCAUUCAAAUAUUCAUGUCCGCCAAAAAGUUAAGGUUGACUCAACCGCGUUAGCAACGACGAGGACUAAGUUAGCCUGGAGAGGUGCGGCGAACAUGAGGCGCGCGAGAAGCACCAAAGAAUGGACGCUUAGUAUAAUGCAACGUUAUUCUAUUCAGUUCUCAUCAAUUGGAAAGCUCCAAGACAGCCCCAAGAGCGCUAAAAACGGGGUGAUCAGGCGCAAUACGUACAAACUACGUGGCAACAGUGGAAUCCGAUCUCAGACGACGCUUCGAGGGCUCACGUGUCUUGUCAAUGUCACUCUUGUCAGGGUUCGCCUCGGUCGCACAGCUACUAGAGACUCGGCAGGGUUGGUGACAACUGACAACCCGUCCACGCCGGUCCACGCCCGGCCCGCUCGAAUGGAAUCGAAAUUAUGCAGGGCCGAGGCCAGCGUUUUUCCCAAUUCCCAGCCAGUCUUGCUUGACAGCGUGUGCAAAUGCGGGUUUAAGGAGGAGAAAUACCAUAAAUUUGGUGGAGCGUUGAUAGGACUAACUGUUGAGGCUACGAUGUUCCAGAUAACUGGUCACGCGCGGCCGCGACCACUCGGGUCGUCAUACGGACCGAGGGCUCGCGUUUUAUGCUCGCUGGAAAUGAGCCACGAGAACCAAUGGUCCGAUGAAAGAAAUAGUAGCCCUGGAAGACGAAGGACAGAUGAGUUUGCAGUGCUCCUGACGAUAAUUUUAAAUCUGAUAAUACCUAGCAGAGGAACAUCCGAGCCAGUAAGUGUUUUGAAAUUCUCGGGCCAUCCGCACGAAGGCUGUCGUCGAGCAAGGACUCAAACGUUUGGAGCUGUCAAAAACGCGGGGUCAUUUAUCGCUACCCCUGAAGUUUGGCUCUGGAUGUUCAACAUCUCCCAACAUUUCCCCCGACUGCCGCACCGCAUCGGAAUGACGUACCGACCGCCAUCUACGGGCUAG